CUUCAGGUCGUGGGGUCAGAGAGUAAAGGCUCUUUCGGCUGGUACUACACACAGCCAUCUUGGAUCUAACGAAGCGAAGAGAGAUUAAUGCGGUGACAAAAAAAAAAGACAUGUUUGGUUCUAGAAAACCCUUUCCCGAUUUCGGUGAUGGAGUCGACAACGACUUGGCUGAUGACUUGUACUACAGCCAGCAGUCCAUGUUCCACAGGCCGGACAAAGAUAUGUUGUCCUCUCCUUCACCGUCGUCGUCCAGUCAGUUGUCGCAGCUCGGUGUGAGUUUGUACGGUCCACAAAGUGCAAUUGGCUUCCCUGUAAGGAACAUGGGAAACAGUACGCCUCAGUUAAACCGAAAUCUAACGCAAGGAACGCAGCUAGCAAGUCACAUCACCCCAACGACGGGUGUUCCCUCCAUGUCCCUACACACACCUCCAUCGCCGAGCAGGGGAACGCUAUCGAUGAAUUCGAGGAACAUCCUGAACCACUCUCAGGUCGGUCAGGGCAUAGGGUUAACCGGCAGGACCAGCAGCAUGGGCAGCUCGGGGCUAGGAAGCCCUAACCGCAGCUCGCCCAGCAUCAUCUGCAUGCCCAAACAGCAGCCAGCACGCCAGCCCUGCACCAUCAACAGCAUGUCAGGAUUUGGCAUGAACCGCAAUCAAGCUUUCGGAAUGAACAAUUCAUUAUCGAGCAACAUCUUCAAUGGCACAGAUGGGAGUGAUAAUAUAAUGGGCCUUGAUCUGUCAGACUUCCCAGCAUUGGCGGACAGGAGUCGGAGAGAAGGGACUGGAAAUCCAACACCGGUGCUCAACCCGGUGGCUGGACGUGCUCUUUAUGUUGGCAUGGUGACAAAGCCUUCGACCGAACAAACACAAGACUUUUCCAUACAUAACGAGGACUUCCCUGCACUGCCCGGGCCAAACUAUAAAGACCCCACGUUGAACAACGACGACAGUAAAGCUAACUUGAACUCCACAAGCAAGAGCACAUCUAGCACAGAUGGGCCGAAGUUCCCUGGUGACAAGACAAUCUCGGCACAGAACAACAACCAGAAGAAAGGGAUCCAGGUGUUGCCCGAUGGUCGGGUGACGAACAUUCCUUCAGGAAUGGUAACGGACCAAUUCGGCAUGGUGGGCCUGCUGACGUUUAUCCGUGCUGCAGAGACGGAUCCGGGGAUGGUGCAUCUGGCGCUGGGAAGUGACCUCACAACACUGGGACUCAACUUAAAUUCACCAGAAAACUUGUACCCAAAGUUCGCCUCUCCCUGGGCUUCUGCACCAUGUCGACCUCAAGACAUCGAUUUCCAUGUUCCAUCUGAGUAUUUAACCAACAUCCAUAUAAGGGACAAGUUAGCUGCAAUUAAGUUGGCUCGAUACGGUGAAGAUCUGUUGUUCUACCUGUACUACAUGAAUGGAGGGGACUUACUUCAGAUCCUGGCAGCAGGGGAGCUGUUUAACCGGGACUGGAGAUACCACAAAGAGGAGCGGGUUUGGAUAACAAGAGCACCCGGCAUGGAGCCCACGCUCAAGACCAACACCUAUGAGAGGGGCACCUACUACUUCUUUGACUGUCUUAACUGGAGGAAAGUAGCCAAGGAAUUUCAUCUGGAAUAUGACAAGCUGGAAGAGAGGCCUCACGUGCCAACAACGUUCAACUACAAUCCAGCCCAGCAGGCCUUCUAAGGCCCAACCAGUCCAAAGUCUGCUGCACUGCUGUCCAGGAGGGGGCGCUGUGACGCACAUAGUUUGGGUUUUUAUUCCUGGAGGAUUUGGCUAACCAACUGCAGGGGUCGUCGUCAUCAUUAAAACUGUCCUGCCUUUCUAUAUUUACAUUCUGCCCGAAAAACUCACUUGUUCCGUUUUUAUCCUGUGUUCCUGUCUUUUGUUUGUUGUUUUUUUUUUGUUUGUUUUUUUGUCUUUUGAGCAGGGUCUGUGUUAUGUUUACGUCUCUGAACCCUGUUUACUACCAGAGGAGGAAAAAACUUUGUGACGUGGGACUAUGACAGAACAAAGGUUCCACCUUUUAUUCACACCAAGUGUUCAGAACACAGAAAGGUGCGGGGGGGAGAAAAAAAAAAGCAAAGUUGGCAUCCUCAAAUUCAAGUGAAGGGGUGAAAGAAAUGCAAUGGUCAUUGUUGCACUAUAUUUAGUAAUAAAAGAACACAAAAUUUGUUUGUGCUUUUCUUAUAUCAACACUCCCAUGACACGUUUUCCAUUUUUUUUGUCUUGAUUUUUGGUUUCUACAUCCUCGCCUUCAUUUAAGUUUCUUCUCCCGGUUCCAUUGAACCACAUCAGCUCCUCCAACUCGUGUAGUCGCACCAACAAACACUUUUCUGUAUCUCUCCCUUCGUUUGUGACUUCUGUGGCAGCAAACCGUGGACGUAAAACCCCGAGAGGCGACUUCCAUCUCCACAAUUGUGGAGAAAUCCUCGCAGAACAAAUAACACAACUUCGCUCGAGAGCAAGCAAAACACUUUCCAGUCUUUGUUACGAUUUUUGUAAAAAAAAAAAGUGUACAUUUUGUUUUUUUGCAUCACAUAAGACUAUAUGUACGAAUGUGUAUAUAUGAUUGCUACAUAUAUAUAUAUGUCUGUAUAUAUAUAUAUCUAUAUAUCUAUUUUGAGAGAAAUUUUGCCCUGCCUUGUACCUCGUUUUUUUUUAUGAGGCGAGCAUGGAUAUGUGGAUGUAACAAAUUUUCUGGAACUGCUGGACAGAGUGUCAUUUUGGCACUGUGGGCACUUGCAUCAAAGCAAUGCUAAUAAAAUGUCAAUAAAG